GAAGAAGCCACGUGUUUAUUACUUAUCCUCUUCUCUUCAAUCAUACACUGAGAGAAAUCACAGAUCGAAGCUCCGAACCCUAGUGAUAGAGCUUUUCCCCUGAUUUUUGGAUUCAGGAGUAAAUUCGAUCUGCAAUUAUGUCUUCGACAUUCAGCGGCGAUGAGACUGCUCCAUUUUUCGGAUUCCUUGGCGCAGCUGCUGCCCUCGUCUUCUCAUGUAUGGGUGCGGCCUAUGGCACAGCUAAGAGUGGUGUAGGUGUGGCAUCAAUGGGAGUGAUGAGGCCGGAGCUCGUAAUGAAAUCAAUCGUGCCAGUGGUCAUGGCUGGUGUUUUGGGUAUUUACGGUUUGAUUAUUGCUGUCAUUAUCAGCACUGGUAUUAACCCUAAAGCCAAGUCCUAUUACCUUUUUGAUGGCUAUGCCCAUCUCUCUUCCGGUCUUGCCUGUGGCCUAGCUGGCCUUGCUGCUGGCAUGGCUAUUGGCAUUGUUGGAGAUGCUGGUGUUAGGGCCAAUGCACAACAACCGAAGUUAUUUGUGGGAAUGAUCCUUAUUCUCAUUUUCGCUGAAGCUUUGGCGCUCUAUGGUCUUAUCGUUGGAAUUAUUUUGUCUUCACGAGCUGGCCAGUCUAGGGCCGACUAGGAAGCACACCAUUAAUUUAAUUCUGUCGAAGAGUAUUAUAGUAGUCACAGAGUUCAGAGCUUCAACUGUGGCCGGUUUGAAGGAACCAUGUUGUUCUACGAUUAGUUUGCAGGCUUGAUGAUGAUGAUGAUGAUGAUGGAUUUAUUUUUGUUUCUUGCUGCUAUUUGUAUACAAUUAAUGGUUUUAUGCAGAAUAAAAGCUUGUAGAGCUGUUUAUAUCGAAUUCAA